GCAAUAAAUAUGAAGUGAGAUAUUCAAGUGUACAUUUUUUAAUUGACAAAAACAAUGGAGUUUGACUUUGACACAUCCAAACUACAAGCAUACAGCACAAAUCCACAGCAAGCUGCUGCAAAUUGGUUGUGUGGUGCAUUUUCCUAGCAUUUUAGUAAAGAUAAAUCUGAAUGACUGAAGUAAAUGAUAAAUAGUGAUGCAUACAAAAUAGAAACCUCAUUUAGCAUAGUAUAACUCAACAGUACAACUCAACAGCGACAAUUUAAGAACUUAAAAGGGCAAAUGAAGUUGAAUAAACAGCUCAAAAACAUGAUGUCAGCAAAAGCAUAAGAUGACAAUGUUCACAUGAUGUUUUGUUGGAUUGCAUUACGCUGAAUGCAAACCUAAUAAUGUGGCAAAUCAGUGCCAAAGUCAGUGUUAAUAUAGUCUGUCUAUAGUCUGAUUUUAUUAAUUAAUGCAAAAUCCUGAUCUUAAAAUUUGCCUCACCUUGGCUUUACAUAAUGGGAAGCAUCCAACAGACUUCAAACCUGAGAUACUUCAUUAAGAUGGUCAAAAAUAAAACAUGAAAAAAGAGGCAAAUUAAGAAAGAUUUAGUGUUUUAAGCAUGGACGGAUGCAAAUAUUUACUGUAACCAAAAAUAUGUGCUACUCAGACGAGUCACUGUCUUGGAUAGGUACUAAGUGACCUGGAUGACUGAAAAGAAAUGUAUGCAUAGCUUAAUGGAUUUCAGAAAUUACAAGCAUACAAACACACAUCCCUGUGAAUGCCACACGACUGGUGAAAUAAACAGUAAAAGGGAAAAAUAAAGGACAUCCAUGGAUAAACACGGUCUCUUCAAUGAGAAGCGGUAGGAUUCAUGAUGUCCCUGAACGCACCAUUUGACUGACAAUCCCGCAGCCUAAUCCAGAGAGUGAGGAGGAGGAUGCAUAGCAGCACUCUAAUGUGUCCAAUCAACCUCGGAUAACUACUUAUUUCGGCGGUGACCGACAAAAUCCUCCACACGCUUGGCUCGGCCGGCCAUUAAAGCUCACUUUUCCAGCUGAGGCCGUCGGGGUCGGUGGCUACAGAUUUCCUGCACACUUGGCAGACGUUACGUCGGGACAAUGGAAUCUAACGUGAUCCCGGACAGUAUCCGCCCUCAGAGGCUGCAGCCCGGGAUUGGAUUCGGUUCAGGACACACCGGGACCCUGCGCUCCUCUCUCCGGCCCGGGGUGACGGUCCCCAUCGCGCCGCUGCUACCCUCCCCGGCCUCCCUGGCCGCUUCGUGCGGGCCUCCUCCUCCGCCGCCUCCGCUGCAGCUCCACAGCCUGUACGGAGGAGGCGUGGGAGCGGGGCUGGGGCCGGGGGCCGGCGGCCACAGCAACCCGGGGAACCCAGCCGUGCUCAAGGAGGCGGUGGAGGCUGUUGUCCGCAGCUUCGCCAAACACACGCAAGGUUACGGCAGAGUGAACGUGGUGGAAGCCCUACAGGAGUUUUGGCAGAUGAAGCUGACCAGAGGGGCCGACCUGCGGAACGGAGCCCUUGUUGUUUAUGAAAUGGUCCCGUCAAACAGCCCUCCAUAUGUGUGCUAUGUGAGCCUUCCAGGCGGCAGCUGCUUCGGAAGUUUCCAGUUCUGUCCCACAAAGGCAGAGGCGAGGCGCAGCGCUGCCAAGAUUGCCCUGAUGAACUCUGUUUUUAAUGAACAUCCCUCUCGUCGAAUCACGGACGACUUCAUUGAGAAGAGUGUGAAUGAAGCGCUGGCCUCCUUCAAUGGAAACAGAGAAGAGGCUGACAACCCCAACACAGGGAUCGGGGCAUUUCGCUUCAUGCUUGAGUCCAACAAAGGAAAGUCCAUGCUGGAGUUUCAGGAGCUAAUGACUGUAUUCCAGCUGCUGCACUGGAACGGCAGCCUCAAAGCCAUGAGAGAGCGACAGUGUUCCCGACAGGAGGUGCUGGCUCACUACUCCCACCGGGCCCUGGAUGAUGACAUGCGCACUCAGAUGGCGGCCGACUGGGUGAACCGAGAACAGAGCGUGGCGGCCACUAUCGCGCAGGAGCUGGCCUCGACGGAGCGAGAGCUGGAGGACGCCAGGCUGGCGGGGAGAGAACUGCGUUUUUACAAAGAGAAGAAAGACAUCCUGAUGUUGGCUGUGGGUCAGCUCAACGCGGCCAACACCGCCACUCUGCCCUCGCACUAAAAUCCGCCGUCCAUUGCGGGAAACGCGCCCUCGCAUCCUGUAGGAUUCCCGGUAACUGUAUUGACCACUCCGCAGAUAAACAGGUGACUUGUCCGAACUGUUUUCAUUAGUUGGCUCACAGUAUCCACAUCGGUCCAUAAAACACACACAUGCCGCUAUAGCCGUUACCUCUUUGUGCCUAAUGAAUACACAAUAAUGUGUGCUUGGCAUUCCACCCGACUGGGGUCUCUUCACUAUUUCGUAAGUGUGCACAAAGUACGCUUAAACAAACAAAGCCUUCCUCUGAUCACUGAAUGUAUGGGACACACUAAGACCCAUCAAACCAAACACUUAAGACAUAUAGAUCAUUUCUCAAGUCAGACCUGUGCGUUUCUUUAAGGCGUUGUAUGUGUUUUCUUGCAUGUAGUAUUUAGGCAGCCAGAUAUUACCAGACAAAUGGAGAAUAGUGUACGUAACAAUGCAUUAUUAACAGAUACAAACCUAAAUGUUUUUCGGGUGCAUCUGGAAAGACCUGCAACAGUUCAGAGAAAUGAAACGUGUGACGUACGUGUAGCCACUUUGGUUGUAUAUGGAACUGUCUCAGCGGUGCUCCUCAGUAUUUUUGUUGUACCAAACCUUGGAUAAACGGUUUAGAUUGGCCUAGCGCGAGCACACGGGGGAGUGGAAAACAGUUUGGAUUUAUGUCGUUCCCAUGCUGGGCCAUUUCUAUUCGUGAACCUUUCUAAAAUGUUACCACGAGAGCAGGGGUCGCAUCAAGUGGACAAAAGAUUUCAACCUAAUAUCGCUAAAUGACAUCAGGUUUUCUAUAAUGGUACAAGCUUGUACUGUUUGUUUUAAUGGGAAUCCAUCCUCAAAAAGCACCAGAAUUCCAGUAAGGAUUGAAACUCGUGUAGUAAUUUGUGGGUACUUUGCAAAAGCUUGUCAGCAGACGACCGACGGCUCUGACUGCAGCUCAGGUUUUUCAAAAAAUCCGAUCACAACGUAUUUUUUUUUCUUUUCUUUGCUUUGUGAAGGCGUUUUGGCUGUUUUACGAUUCGUCGUUUGCUUGGUGACCAUGACACUAGCCGAAUGUAUAUUUUUUUUUCUGUGUGCUAUCAACUAAAGGACCUACAAAGCAACUCUUUUGAACAGCCGAGUUACUCUUGUGAUACAGAUUGUGUUUGUCAUGUGCUUCAGCUAGAGGAGUUCAAAGACGACCGAAAGGUAGGUGGUGGUCUCAGCAGCGAUUGGCCAGAAAACGAAUUUGACUUUUUAAAGCUGAUUCAUCAAGCGUGAGUCAUUGUUAGUCGAUACAAAACAGGACCCAGCUCCUGUUGUUUGUUGCUUUUCUGAAGCAGAAGUUGCUUUUUGGCAGAACAUGUAAUGCAGCUCACACUUCUUACCUGACAUUUUUCAUACUGUAAAUGUGAUAUCUUUAUAUUGCUCUAUGUGUAUCUAAAGUGUAUUUUAAUACAUUGUAAAAAAAAAAAUGAAGGCGUUACAGUUGUCCCUUUAAAGACCUCAUGUAAAAGAGGUGAGAGUUAAAUUGACGAUGCGUGGCUCUGGCUGAAUGAUGAAGUGUCCGCGGCAAAAUUUUGGCAAACGAAAAAGAAGAGAUGGAGUACGAUUAAAGGGGGUCCGUGUACUUUUUGGUAUUUCAAGUUUGUUUUUUGGUGCUAAAAUUAAAAAAAAGUGCAUUGGAUUUUCAAUUUAAAAAGCAAAAAAGAAAAAAUACAUGUAUGAAAGAUUAAAUCAGAAAAAAAUGCUAUGAGAGUGGACAGGGAAUUUGAGAAUACAGAAUCAAGGUAUUAUUUCUUGGUUGCUUUGGAUUUAAAAACAAAAGUAUUUUCUUUCCAGUUUUCAUUUCUGGUUUUAAAAACUGAAAUACCAAUGAAAAUGCACAGACCUUGAAAGCCAGACCAGUUUUAUUACAUCUUUUCUCUGAAAUCAAUGUGCCUUUUAUAAAAUUGGUAGCUUGCAAUUUUCAGACCAUUAACAAAAUUAAAAAAAAAUAAACUAUUCCAUUUAUUUUCACUAUUUUCAUUUAAAUGGGGUCUUUAAAGGAAGAAUGUCUUUUUUUAUUUCGUCUGUCCUUGUAAAGAUUGCAUACUACCCUGCCAUUAUGGUAACUUAAAGAAAUAGUUGGAGGUGAGAAGAUUGACAUCACACACUGGUGGUCUGGUAAAUAUUAAGCUAACGCUACUUACUGGAUAGCUUAGCUUAAAGACGUGGAAAAAGCUAGCGUAACAAGAGCUAUCUGAUAAACAGGACCUCUGAAGCUGACUCCAUAUGUUACAUUUAUUUAAUGUUUUUUGAAGCGUUUUUUUUUUUUUGCCUUUUCUUGUUCCCAACUUCCUGGAGAGUCUGUUGGUUGCCUAGCAACUGCUCCCAGCUAAAAAAAAAUAGUCUGGUCACUUUACGUAAUAUUUACAGUAUGAGAGUGAUCAAUCUCCUCAUUCAUCUCAAAUUAUUUCUUUAAGUUGUGACAUGUCAUUGGUUUAUGAAGGAUUUAUUAAAAUUAUACUACGUUUGGUAUAAAUUUACAAACCUGUAUAGUUGGCUUGGUACUCAGUUUGCAAAAUAUGUGUUCAGCAGGAAAAUAAAAAUAUUAUGUCCAGUCAAGAACCAAGUCAACUCUUAAACUGGAGCCUGGAGAUCUUUAAUCGUGUGCUUUUGUUUGUUUAUUUGUUUGUUUUUUUAGUUUUAUUUAGGUGUUUAUAUGUGAACAAGCCAUUAAUCUCAGUGCGCGCUUCCUACAAAUGCCUUUAAUUUUUCUCUGUGAUCAGUAUCAAUGAUGGAUUUUUUUUUUUUUUACUAUCCAUUUAUUUUUUACAAAGAAAUCAACUUCUGCUUGUUUUGUUUUGGCUUCAAUGCAUGAUGUAUCAGUUAAGUUUUUUUUUUUUUAUAUAUAUAUAUGUUUCGUUUUCUAUACAGUAUUGUUUUAUAAAAGUGUUCCUGUUUCUAUUUUCUAUGAACAUUUUGUAUUCCAUGUUUAUACUUUUAGUAGAUUUUUAUGUAUAUGUAAUAAACUGGCUGAUACAAAUGUUUA